CGGUUGAGCACCGAAGCUCCAAAAAUAAUGUUUUUCAGUAAAGUUUUUUUAUUGGUGGUGCUAGCAGUGUGCUCUUGCAUUAGCACGAAAAUGGAUGAGUCAAAAAAUGAAAAAAUUGACGAGGCUUUCGACUUAAACAAACAAGAACACGAUAUAAUUUCAGACCUGUUACAUCAGAAUAUAUUUAAACCAGAUUUGUUGAGUAAAUCCAUCAAUGCAGCAUCAAUGAGAACUGUUGUAAGAACAUCCUCUGAUAACGUACCAAUGGCUAAACAUGCUAAUAACAAAUCAACUCAAUUAUCUGACGAUGAUAAGACGAGAGCUGUUGUAGCUGAUGUAGGAGGUGCUAAAAGUGCAACAAUAUCUGAAAAGAGAGAAAAAUGUAAAGAAAAAUGUCCAGCAAAUAUUAAGGAUUGUUGUCGAAGCGCUAUACAAGAAAAAAGCUGUCACAAUGCUACUGAUGAUCCAGUAUCAUACUUUGUCAACCCUAACUAUCCUAAUGAAGAUUGGGAUUCAUCUUUCUGUGAUUUCCGUGUAGAUAUUAAAAACAGAAACGUAUGCCAAUUGCGCUUGGAUUUAGAAGAGUUUUCUCUUCGUGGACCACAUAAGUAUUUGGGAAGUUGCCGUCAAGAUAGAUUGAUUGUCUCUACCACUUUACCUAAUGGUAUUGGCAUAACUGAGCUUUGUGGAAACAACACUGGACAGCAUCUAUACUUUCCGGUAGACCCAAAAGCUGGAGGAUCAUCUGUUUCCUUAAUGAUGAUGACAUCACAAUCAUCCAGGUACUCGUGGAAAGUUAGAAUUACCCAAAUCGAUUGUCUUGCAGAUCCUCAAUCUGUGGCUCCUACCGGAUGCCUGCAAUACCAUACUAGUCUUAGUGGCACCAUACAGAGUUUCAACUACGCAGGAGGCAUGUACCAGUCAGGUUUAGAUUAUGCGAUAUGCAUUAAACGGUCCGUUAACACUUGUCGGGUCGAAUUUCAACAGGUUCCUGGCUCUACAUUUGGAAUUAACUCACUGGAAGGUUCAUCUCUUGAAGAAGGAAUUGGACGAGCAGGAGAAGUAAGCUGCGAUUUAGUCACCCACGAUUAUCUACACAUACCAGGUGGUAUGUUGGACAUAGGUGAAGAAGUUUUAGCUGCUAGUGGUAAUGCCGAAGUAUACACACCAACUGCUGAAAAAUUCUGUGGGCGUAGUUUGUCUGGAUUAGCCAUCCAAGAAUUUGCAGAAAAAAUUAAAGUCAAUGAUCCUUUGGGCGCACAAGAUAAUAAUACUAUUGCCACUCCUGUAACAACAUAUGCUUCUGGUCCAAUUGUUAUUCGUUUCCACACGGAUAGUGUUACUGUAAAAGAAAGAGACAUUGGAUUUUCAAUAGCAUAUCAACAACUUGGUACGGGGUGCAACAAGAACAAGAUCAGAUGAUGAUUUCUAGUUCCUACCCC